UAUAUAUAACGAGUAUUCUAAAUCCAGCGCUACUUCACUUUUGCAUUGCUUUGCACAAAAAAAAAAUGUCAUCCCUGGUUUGGAUAUUUGUUGUCGUGAUCGGUGCUAUACUCGUCAAACAGUUUAUUCUAAAUAAAGCCUCUGUCUCCAAUGUUAUUCAGUCUACAGUGAAACUCAACAGAAUCUACGAUUACAUAAUAGUCGGUGGCGGUACAGCCGGAUGUGUACUUGCUGGUCGACUGUCAGAAGAUCCAGAUGUAACAGUGCUGCUGCUAGAAGCUGGACCAGACGACACCGGAAAUACUAUGGUAACUACGCCACUCAUGUCUACUCAGAUACAGAAGUCACAACUUGACUGGGAGUACUAUUCAGAACCGACUAACAAUACGAUGAAGCAUUUCCCCGAGGGACGGGCAUUUUGGCCACGGGGCAAAGUUCUGGGCGGCUCUGGUAGCAUCAACAUAAUGCAGUAUGUCCGAGGUUCCAGACACGAUUAUGAUAGGUGGGCCAAGUACUUGGGAACUGACCAGUGGGAUUACAGCCAUGUUUUACCAUACUUUAAGAAAUCUGAAGACAUACAGAUUCCAGAACUAAAAGACUCAGAGUAUCACGGACGUGAAGGCACGUUGACAAUCACCCAGCCCACCAGUCAACCCAUUACAAGUAAACUGAUCCAAGCUGGCCAAUCAAUUGGUUACCCAAAUGUGGAUUUCAACGGGAAGUCAUUGGAAGGUAUUUCUGUGGUACAAGUUAACAUCAAAGACGGUCGACGUUGGUCAACAAGUAAUGCAUUCAUUCAUAAUGCAGGAGACAGAAAUAAUCUGCACGUGGCCGUCAGCUCGCAUGUGUCGAAGGUGAUCAUAGAAAACAAACAGGCGAAAGGUGUCGCUGUGAUCAGAAAUGGUCGAAAAGAAAUUAUCCUGGCCAAUAAGGAAGUCAUUCUAUCAGCUGGGGCCAUUGGGUCUCCACAGCUGCUUAUGUUAUCUGGUAUAGGACCCAAGAAACAUCUGGACAGUUUAAGGAUUCCAGUGUUUGCGGAUCUUCCAGUUGGUGAGAACCUCCAGGACCAUGUGAUGAUAGACAUAGGUGUCAGUACCAAAGAAGUUUUGACCGUCUCACUGCCAAAUGUUGCCACUCUUUGGUCAUACCUACAAUAUGUACUGUUUGGUACAGGUCCAAUGACUUCCCCUAUGUUCCUUGAGACCACAGCUUUUAAGAGUACAACCAAAGAGUCCAGGGAACAAUCUUGGCCAGAUGUUGAGCUUCAUUUUACAAGUUUACUUUUUCCAAGUCUGGGCGUCAUUGAUAAAGUGAAAGCUUAUUUUGAAGAAGGGCGCAAGGACAAAAUAGGUUUCACUUGCCUAGCCAUGUUACUGCGCCCUGAAAGUCGAGGGAGGAUUACGCUGAGGACCAAUGACCCCUUCGAUUACCCCAUCAUUGAGCCCAACUACAUGGACAAGCAAGAGGACAUUGAAACUCUCAUUCGAGGUAUACAAGAAUGUCAAAAAUUCGUGUCGACUGAUACGCUUAAAGCUAUUGGGGCAGAGCUGACAGAGACAAAGCCAGUGUGGCCCUGUGAUGGACACAGGUUCAAUUCCCAUGAGUAUUGGCAGUGCAUAGUGAAGCAGAGGCCCAAUACCGUCUAUCACCCAGUUGGCACUUGUAAAAUGGGCCCCUCGGGUGACCCCACAGCUGUGGUCAAUGCAGAUCUUAAAGUGUAUGGUAUAUCAGGUCUGCGUGUAGUAGAUGCUUCAAUCAUGCCAUGGCUUGUCUCAGGAAAUACCAACGCUCCAACAAUCAUGAUUGCCGAGAAGGCAGCGGAUUUGAUCAGAGGAAAGCCUCCAUUGAAAGCAUUAGGUCAUUUGUAGUAGUACAUAUAAAUAUUUUCCCUUAAUUACUAAUUUCUCACCUAAUACGUAAUUAUAGUAAUUAUAUAUACGUAUGGUGUUAAUUCAAACUAUCCAAAGUCAUGACGUUCUUUAUAAUGGCACUAUAGUAUUAGUCAUAUAAUAUUGGCUGACAUUCUUAAGAUGACAUGGAAAUCAAUAGUUAAGUUUAGGACUCAAACAUCAUAGUUACAAUAAGUCCAUAUUUAGAUUUCAGUAUGGUAGCCUAAAAUUGUAGCCUAAAAUUGAAUCUAAUUUUUUUUUUUAAUUAACAUAAUAUUAAGAUAAAGUUCAGUCGUAGAUUUAAAUUGAUUAGCCACAAAUACUUCUGUUAAAUGUUCAGUAAGGACAGUAUUUCUAUGAUGUAUGAUUGUAGAUAUCAUGUUCUAUACAUGUACAAAAUCCAUUACCGACAACAAACUAGGUCUUUAAACUAACUCACAAGUACGAGCUUUUAUUUUAUGUGUGACACCCAGUGAGAGACUUGACUCGCAGUCUUUUAUCCCAUUCAGACCAUUGAUCUUCAUUGUCCAUAUAAUUUGUUAUUGUGUUGUUACUUGUUGUCUGGUGUUUCUUUUUUUUUUUUUUUGUAUGUUGCAUGUUUUUGACAGUUCUACAUACGGAAAAAUAUGUAGGUCAUAACUGGGUCAUAAAAGAAUCGAAGAUAAUGUUAUUAUUAUUGUUAUUAUUAUUAUUAUUAUGCUGCCUUUAGUUUUUUAUGUCUUGCUUAUGGAUCUCAUUCACCAACCGUAAACAAACAACAGUUAGCCACGAGAUUCUCUCUCUUCUAUACAAAUUACGAUCUAAUUUUUAAUACACAAUGGCUAUCACGUGACCGUUUUUUUUCCCGUUGUUUUAUCAAUAUUAUCACGUGACUAAAUGUUGUUUAUUAACGAUUGGUGAAUAAGGUACAUUGUUGUCGUGAGUUGUUGUAUGUUAUUGUUUAUGUUUGUUUUGUUUUGUUCCAUGCACUUCUGUGUUGUUGAGUAUUGUUUCAUGUUUUUGAGCAUUGUUCCAUGUUAGUGAAUGUUCUUUCAUGGUUUUUAAUAUUGUUUCAUGUUUUGAACGUUGUUUCAUGUUUUUGAAUGUUAUUUAAAGUUUUUGAAUAUUGUUUCCUAUAUUUGUAAUGUUGUUUUAUAUUUUUGUAAUGUUGUUUCCUAUAGUUUCCAAAAUUUCUAUGCUCACGUUUUACCUAUUACUUAUCCAAACAUUCCAGUAUCCUCUUUAAGCCUAACACUUGGGCAGCUUUUUGCUAUGGGUCAGUGCUAGAAGUUUCUGAGUUGGAUCACAAAUAAAUGACACGAAUCUCUAAAGCAUGAAAUAAAAAACAUUGAACAUGCUUCGUUCUUUUUUUUUUUUGUUGUUGUUUAUUAUCACAAAGGUCAUAACCUUCAUAGAUAAAAAAAAUACAUUAAAAUAAAUAAAGCAAAAUUGUUGUGUUUUUUUUAAUCAUCUUUUAAUGAGAUGACACUUAUCUAGACUUAUCUAUAAUGAUAGAAAUGACUCAUAUUUGACCUAUGAACUUUUAUAAAUGUGACGACAGUUGUAGGUAACAAGUGAAUUAUCAAAGUUGACAUUUUUUUUAUUAAUUUUGUAAAAUUAGAAUGUUAAAUUGUUCUUGUUUCGUUUCUUUACAAUAAUUUAUUUCAUUCUAUUGAUUCUUUAACGAUUAUAAGAAAUAAUUAUUUUAUCUGAUGAAUGAUGAAAUGUUACUUUGAAAAAUAAAAAAUACCUUGCAGUAUGAGAUAGAAAAAUUCAUUAACUCUGUAAGAGACAUUGUGGAGUGCGGUGGUUGAAUGGUUAAUCGCUUGGCUUCCCAACCUUCGGUCAUUGGUUCAAAUCUCGGUGAAGACUGGGAUUUUGAAUUUCGGGAUAAGGAACGCACCCUUGAGUCCUCUAAACUCUAAUGGCUAUAAGACUUAAGUUGGGGAAAGUAAAGGCAGUUGGUCAUUGUGCUGGUCACAUGACACCCUGCUUGUUAACCAUUGGCCAAAGAAACAGAGGACCUUAUAGAUUACAAGGUCUGAAAAGGGAGCUUUUAUUUUUACAAAGUGGCAUUGCAGCUGUGUAAUCUAUUACAAAGUUAUUAUGAAAUGUAUUUUAGCAAUACUGUUAUAGUUAUUGAUAGUCUCAGGUUUUGUCAUAGUCUUCACAUGAGUCCGGCUUAAUUAAUCAUAAAUGUUUGUGUUAAUCAUCAUAUGCCAUAUUACUAUUACAUGUAUAACAAACAUGCAGUAAUGAAUUAGGUUUACCGUCUAUCAAAGUCAUAGUGAUAACCAAUACCAUGGGUAACUUACGGUAUGUGUUAAUGUGUAGCCAUCAAAAUGUAAUAUUUAGAUUUCUGUUCCCAUAUGUUAGGAGACCAGUUUUCUUUUUACUAUUGUCCACCAGGUCGGACAAACCUCUACGCCCUUGUCAGUGCUAGAUGGCUGUAAUUAUUAAUUCGAUUGCUGGACACACAAUCAUCACUCUCAUACCGCUAUCGUACUAGUUGGAAGAGUAAGGGUCACUCUGAGACACUUAUCAAUAUGACAGUUACAAACACUCAUCUUUCUGAUGUGUGUUAUACGGUUGUGAACUAGCCCUUUUGCUAUGAAAUAGACUUUUUUUUUUAAGUCUUAAAGACAUUAGGUCAGUGUUUCUCAAAAUGUUUCCUUAAAGGAACACUUCGCUUAUUUUUUUAGAGAGAUUUAUUCUCGAUAUGGCUUACUAGCUUAUUAUUCCAAUAGUUCGUGGAAUACCUGUUCAGGCCUCUCGAAACACUAGGGUUCCUCGGAACACACUUUGAGAAACACUGCAUUAGGUCAAUAUAAAGUUUCACGGUGUAAUUGAUAUUCAAACAUGCACGCAAGGUAAUGUGAACGUAUUCUAAGACAUAACGUCGUCAAACCAGGUCCUGUACUUCUGUAACACAUAUCUACAUAUAAAGAAUGAUAAGGGAGGUUACAGGUUCAGCCUUUGAACACAGCCAUUGUAAUCCUAAGAUUUCGUCCCUUGCUGGGCUGCUUUAGUUUCAUCCAUUUCAGCCUUCAAUUGAACACUGAGUCAGUUAAGACAUAAAACGUUUGUUUCUUGAAGACGUUAGAAGAGUGAAACUAUUAUUAUAUUAUUAUUUGUGUUUGUUGGUUCUGUUUCUCUUAUUACUUAUAUUGACUUAUGUUUUAAUAGUUUUGUAAAUAAAAUUGUAUAGUAAAUGAA